UCUCGAAGACUUAAAGUGUUGAAAGAGCGGCCAAGUGAUCUCUCUUCCUCUCUCUCUUUCUCUCCACAAAGAACCAAACUUGUUCGGUCUUCGUUACCUCCUCACACGGAGAAAAAUCUCACUUCCAAUGCAAAGCUGAAACAUCUCCUUCAGGUUAACCACAAUCUCUCUUGCUUGCUGCUUCCUUCUCCUCACUAGUACCCGUUUUAGACAGUUCUUAUGAUGGAUGAAGAAAACAAUCCUAUGGAAGAUUCUUCUGACGUUGAAUAUGUCUGUGGAGAUCCAAAAGUUGAUAUUCGUGUUGGAGAUGAUUAUCAGGUUGAGAUACCUCCUAUGAUGUCUGAAUCCCAACGUGCAGCACUUCUCUCAAAUCAUCUAGACUCAGAUUCCUCUUGUUCCUUUCUCGUGGGACUACCUGUUGAAGUAAUGUGGAUAGACACCAAAUGUAGAGAUAAACAUGGACUUAGAGAUGAUGAUGUCGACAUGAAUGAAUCUCUCAAAUCUCUUAAAAGAAAAAGAAGCCGCAGAGGUGGGAGUGACGGGAACUUGGUAUCAAGGCAACGGAUGAAUCUUGAAGCUGUGCCUGGGAAGUCAUCCAGUUCUUGGGAGGAGUUGGAAGUAGAUGGCUUUGUUCUUGGGCUGUAUACAUUUGGGAAGGACUUUGCUCAGGUGAAGAGGUUGUUAGAACGCAAAGAAAUAGGAGAUAUACUUUCGUUUUACUACGGAAAGUUUUACAAAUCUGCUAAAUACAAAAUAUGGUCUAAGAAGCGGAGAAAGAGAUGCAUACAAGGGAAGAAGCUCUAUUCAGAUUGGAGGUUACAGCUGUUAUUGUCCCGUUUGGUUCCAUGCAUUCGCGAUGAACCGAACAAACAGAAGCUUGUGGAUGUCUCAAAGUCAUUUGCUGAUGGGAAAAAAUCUCUGGAGGAAUAUAUUAGCGUGGUGAAGGAACUAGUGGGUCUUCGGUCUCUUGUAGAGGCUGUCGCAAUUGGUAAACAUAAGGAAGACCUGACAGUUCUCACAACGGAACCUGUAAAUGCAAAACAAUGGUUUACAGUUUCUCCUGCAACUAUAUCUGGUUUAGGGGAGUACAGUUCACUCACAGUUGAUGGUAUAAUCGAAAAACUUACUGGUGGUUCCCGUCUGAGCAAAGCUCGUUGCAAUGAUAUCUUCUGGGACGCUGUAUGGCCGCGUUUGCUACAUAGAGGGUGGCAUUCUGAGCAGCCAAAGGACCGAGGUUACAUCGUCUUCAUGGUACCUGGGGUGAAGAAGUUUUCAAGACGGAAACUUGUAAAACGUGAUCAUUACUUUGAUUCUAUCAGUGACAUUCUCAAAAAGGUGGUUUCUGAGCCUGAGCUUCUUGAGUCUGAGACAGAAGAGACCAGGACUAUCGAUGGAAUCAGUGAUUGCAACCAAUCAAAAAAAGAGAAACAUCGUUACCUCAGGUCUCCAAACUCUUCUUCUACUCAUAGGAAGUUCACUGUUGUGGACACUUCUCGGUUGGUUUCAGGAGGAAAGUUGUGUGAAUUAAGAGAUCCGAAGUCAGAAUCUCUGGCUUCUCAAUUGAAGGUUUGUCGAGGAGAUAAAAAUUCCUCUAUGGGAAGACUCCAAAUGAAGUCGUUGGAUAUACAGGAGCAUGCCAUUUUUGCUAAUGAACAUAAGUGGGAGAGGAGGCGAAAAUUAAAACCGGUGGAUGACUCGAUGAGAUUCUUGAUUGUGGAUACAAGUGUGGAACAAGGUGGACAUGUAUCCGAUAUAAGAAGAUGGAGAAAUUUGCCGGUUUCUGAGAAUCCCUGCAAGGUAUCCAAAGGGGCCAUUGGGGAAUCAUCACAUAACCAAUCUUGCACUAAUAAAGAUGUGAAGUGUGAGUAUCUUAAGGGGAAUGAUUCUGUUGUAAAGGAGGAGACUUUGGAGAAUGUCCAACAAGGUCAGUCAAAGAAGAUUAAGAAGAGGUUUGCCUUGUUAUCAGAAUCUAUCAACCUUCAUUCGGUUAGUUCUCUCGUCUUGCCGAAACGCAGGCGGCUCAGUGCUGGUGUAAGGAAAGAUAUAAAACGUUCUAGUGAAAGUUUAGCGUUGAAGCCACCUGCAAUAAACCAGACAACUAACUGCCACUAUAAGUUAUCUGUUGAUUCUAUGGACCUCAAGACUGAGCAAUCAGAAAGUACACCAGCACAAGAACAAGAACCAAAAGGGCUCUGUUCAUCAAAGGAACAAAGAGCUCUUCAUGAAAUCAGUCCAUCAGAACAACAGCAACAACAAGACGAAUCAAAUCGGUUGUGUUCGGACAAAAAAUGCUCUUCGAAGGAUCUGGAACCUGCCCAACAACAAGAACCUCCCAAGUCGCCCUCAGACAAGAAUUCUCCGUCAACUGAUAAUGGAACUACUCAAGAACGUGCAUCAUUAGAAAAACAAGAAGAAGAAGAGCACAACCUACAGACAAACACAGACAUUCCAAGAAGACAAAGUACAAGAAAGCGGCCAUUGACGACUCGUGCUCUGGAAGCUCUUGAAUCAGGCUUUCUUACACCAAAAAGCAUGAAAACUACUACAUCUAAACGGAGAAAACGCGAACGGUCUGCAAAGAUCAAGCACUCAGCCAAUGCGAGUAACAAAACUCCAGACGAGGUAGACAAUGGCUUUCUUGUAAACGAGGCCACAACAAGUAAACCGCUAGACCAUAUAGAGGAUUCGGAACCGAGCUUUCUUGUGAAUAAAGCAAUGAUGGAGAGUAAGCCUGUGGAUAAAAUAGAGGAUUCGAAGCAGGCUACUGUCGAGUUCCCUAAACUUCCUCCAAUUGUUUUGAAACUUCCCUUUAGGCGUGAUUGAAGAAUCGUUAAAGACUGAAGUCUGAAUCAUAUUUAGGGACUUUUGAUGAUCUUAACGCUGGGACCUUCUCAAAGAAGUGUGUAUAAAAGAAGAAAGCUUUUUAGCCAGAAUUUUUCUUUUCUUAUUAUGCCCUGGUGAAAUCUGCUACAUAUUUACAUAUCCAUGACUAAUUUCUUAUUA